UCAUCAUCCAUCCCAAACAUAACACUCACCACCACAUACACACUAAACCAACCUCCUACCCCCCCAAAGAAAAGCAAAAAAAAUGUCUCCAUCCCCAAUCUACACCCCCCAAGACACCCCCUUCUUCAAAAGCCAUCGAAACCGACUCACCAAAACCCGCACCAAGCAACUCCUCCGCGCCGCGAAACGCACAUAUAAUGAUCCCCCGCCUCCCCCGGGGCUUGGCGAGUGCUGCGGGAGCUCGUGUGAUCCGUGCGUGACGGAUCUGUGGAAGGAGGAGUUGGCGGUUUGGCGGGAACGGUGGGGGGAGGGGGCCGUGGAGGGGGGAUCGAACUUGAGUUUGAGUGUGAGUUCUGAGGAUAAGGAGGGGGGUGAGGAGAAAGAUGGAAAAGAUAGGGUGGUAGGGUGUGUGAAGGAGAAGAUGCCGGGGGGUUGGGAGUGGUGAGAUGAAUUUUAUUCAUCUGUUUAUCUACCUUUUUAUCUCAGGUCUGUGGGGGUGGGUGAUGGAUGGGAUGGUUGUGCUAUGACCUACACUUGGACUCCUCGAAAUGGUGGAGAUGCUUGGCUCGAUGAGUGGAUGUCUCUGCUCGGCCGAUGUCAGUAGACAGGCCAGCUGGAGUAUCUCAUCCGGAUAAUUGUCAGC